AUGCUACUCUUUGUAUCAAUGAUAUUUCACGUACACUGUAAUUUUCAGGGAGUUAUAAUAACUCCUCUAGUGGGGCUAAUUUAACUCCUUACAGUGGAGUUAUUUUUCGUGGAGUUACUUUAACUCCAAAAAGGAGUUUAAAGAACUCUUUUUCAGGAGUAAAAGUGACCCCAGAUAUUGAGGAGUUAAAAUAACCCCAAAAACGGAGUUAUCCUGUACCUAAAAUUUUUACUCCAUUUUCAGAGUUAAAUUAACUCCAAAAAGAGUAAAAACAGCCAAUGUAAGGAGUACAAGUAACCCCAUUUCGGAGUAAUUUUAACUCCAGACUGGGAGUAAAAAGAACUCUUUUUCAGGAGUAAAAAUGACCCCAAAUUCGGAGUUAAAUUAGGAGUUAAAAUAACCCCGAAAAAGGGGUUAUCCUGUACCUAAAAUUUUUACUCCAUUUUUGGAGUUAUAAUAACUCCCUAAAAAUUACGGUGUACGCAGGCAUGGUCGGUUAGCGCGCAUCGUAGUAGAGCAGUUACGUUUUAACCAUCAGAUGUCGUUUAAAAUCCAUCACGAGAGGUCUGCAGUAAUAGUGAUGGGUCUUGUCAUAGGAGUGUUUCUUGUUUGCUAUGGGAUGUAUCUGCGUUGCAGUUUUACACUAUUCCACACCACCUCAUGUAAAGAUGAAAACUACAAAAUUCCUUUUUUGGUUUUAAACUCAGCCAUUAACCCUCUGGUUCAUGCCUUUUUCAAAAGAGAUAUAAAGAAAGAGUUUAAAAGACUUCUUGGACCUGUGUUUUAA